UCUUUUUUAAAAUAAAUUGUUUUCAUAAUUGCGUAUACAUUUGAAAUUUUAGAUUAUUUAUUUUACAUCUUGCAUUCUCGGAAGCAGUUCUUAAUUAUCUCUCGAAAAAUAAACUUGCUUAAUAUCCUCUUCUAAGAAAACCUCUACGCAGUGUCCGAAGUGGUCAUGAAAUGCAAAAACGAAACAAAAACAUAAAAACGACAGGAAGCCGCAAUAAAUCUUCUUUUGGUCGUAUAUUUCCGAACAGUCAACAGAAAUUGCCUUAAGUCAAACGUCACUGCCACCGUGACGUAAUUCCAUCAUUAGGCGUCACAGUUCAACAAAAUAUAAAAGUUACGUCACUGCCAAUCAGAUGGCGAUUAAAUAGCCCUUGUGAUCGGAAGUUAGAGGCGGAGCUUAUCUUACGAGAAAUUGUAAUACUCAUUGAGAAAAGUCGUAGGAAAAACCAUUCGAGUGGAACCAAACGCUUGUGUGAGGUGUGCAUGUGUUUUUUUGUGCGUGGAAAUACCGCUCGCGCGCGGGCGUAUGUUUGAAAACCGGCUGUUAAAUGUUUUUUUGUUUCAUCAAAGAAUGGGAAUCACACGCAAGCGUACUCCAAAGCUUGCUAUGAAUAAUAAGUAGCAUCCAAAGAAGUUUCCAUUUACACAGCGUGCACGUUACGUGUGUAGUUCGAUAAGUAAAAUCAGUAAUUACUUCAUAAGUAAAAGUUAACCUGUAAUUCGAAAUUAUUGCCCAAAAUUGAAAGUUUCAUUCAUUGUGACUGCUAAGUGGAAUAUUUAUGAUUUAAAUAAUUAAAAUUUUGUUUUGCGUGAUUGUGCAAUUUUACACACAUCGCAAAUAAUCGUAGUUUAGAACAGGAAAGAAAGUUGAAUGCAUGUCAACUAAAUACGAGUAUCAUUGCUCUUCAUGUGAGCUGAACUGCGAGUAUCAUUGGAAUACAAGCAAACUAAAUAGAAGUAUCAUUGGAAUACAAAUAAACUAAAUCGAAGUAUCAUUGGAAUACAAAUCAACUAAAUGUCAUUGGAAUAUAAGUAGAAUAAAGUGUUGGAAUGCUGAAAUACAAGUAUCAAUGGAAUACAAGCAUUAUUGGAAUACUAUUAAACUUAAAUAUUAGAGUUAGUAUAUGAGUAAUCUGAAAUACAAUUAUCAUUGGAAUACAAGUAUCAUAAGAAUACAAGUAUCAUAACUGAUUAUUCCGAAUGGGAUUGUCUUUCAUGGCAAGAUCAGCUAAGUAUCUGAAUGGUCAAUAUUUCCCAAAUGCAAUGUACUGGAUGGAAGCUGAUAAUCAUCACAACAACUUUCCACCAUGUGAUCCAUGGGGAGGACGCUCAUUAGAUUUGCUUCGAAUUUCAGCCCCCGAGCUGUCGAAUCGAGAGUCUGCCACUGGCUGCAGGACAAGCCCCAGCGAAGAACUGGUCUCGGCAACAUCAUCCAGCCUUGUCACCAGCAGCGACAGUGGAAUAACCACGACUACAACAAAUACUACAUCAGUGGCAACAACUGAAGCCCCGGUAACCAUGCUUCUCCUCCAACAGCCGCAGAGCACUCAGUUCAGUGGCACCAUUCUGAAUCCGGAAUUCAGUAUUCCCUUCCCAGAGGAAGUGGCUUUUAUUGGAGAAGAUUUUAAAUUACCUCCUUUGGAGUUCGGAGCACCAUCCGAAGGUUUCUUGACAGGCGGGGACAGUUGCAGUGGAAGCACUUUCCAGGACAUGUUCCAGCAGAGCAUUUUUUCGGCUACAACAACCGAAGAGCUCACUCCUACAACUUCUACGACCAGCAUCGCAUCUCUGCCCAGUUUCCAAGAGACUUAUUCCCCUCGAUACAGAAGAUCCGAUGUCUGCGGUGUUUUCUCCUUCAAGUUCGAAGAUAUUCCAACUGAAGAAGUGUCCAUGGAGGAAGAUAUCGAAGCAGAUCAUUUCUCUAUCUCCAUGACACCAUUUUCACAACCUGACGACGUCACCUCCAUUACAACGCUUACAUCUGCCACACCAGCUCUAGAUAGUCCUGGUCCUUCUUCUUCAUCCUUCAUGCCACCAUCCUUUGCAUCAGAAGGAUCUACAUCAAAACCAUCUUUUCAUCAGUUAGUCUCUCCAUUUCCCACUACCUUCACGGGUGUUUCAGGAAUCAGUCUCGAAACCCCAACACAAUUUGGGCAACAAUCUCCUACUUUGCACGAAUUGACCUCACCAUCACCUAGUCCGAAAUCCAGCCGAAGCAGUAAAAAGCCAUCACUCACCUUGUCCACUUCAUCUGCAUCUGAAAUCAGCAGUGUUCGCCAUGCUACACCCACUACUCCAACAACUCCUAGUGCAACCUCAGGUUCUAGUCGAUCUUCACCUAGUGCGCAAGAGAGCACACCCCCACCUUCCAUGUUAUGCGCAGUCUGUGGUGAUAAUGCUGCCUGCCAACAUUACGGGGUUCGAACUUGUGAAGGCUGCAAAGGCUUUUUCAAGAGGACUGUGCAGAAAAAUGCAAAAUAUGUCUGUCUUGGAAACAAAGAUUGUCCAGUUGAUAAAAGACGUAGGAAUCGGUGCCAGUUUUGCAGGUUUCAAAAAUGCUUAGCAGUUGGCAUGGUUAAAGAAGUUGUAAGGACGGACAGCUUAAAGGGACGAAGAGGCCGGCUGCCCUCCAAACCCAAAUCCCCCCAAGAGUCUCCCCCAUCGCCGCCGGUCAGCACUAUUACUGCCUUAGUCCGAGCUCAUGUGGACACUACACCAGACCUUGCAAACCUUGAUUAUUCUCAGUUCAUUGAUCACACUGCUCAAAAGCAGGAACCGACAACAGCUGCAGAUCAAGUACAGCAAUUUUAUGACUUGUUGGUCUCAUCUAUAGAAGUAAUCAGACAAUUUGCUGACAAAGUUCCCGGAUUUGUAGAACUAAAUAAAGAUGAUCAAGAACUGUUAUUCCAUUCAGCAAGCUUAGAGUUAUUUUCUCUACGACUAGCCUAUCGGAUUCAUCCAGAAGAUGAAAAAUUGACUUUCUGCAAUGGAACAGUCCUUAGCAGAGAUCAGUGUCAACAGAUUUUUGGUGACUGGCUCAACACCAUCUUGGAUUUCUCUCGAAGUUUGCACAGUAUGGAUAUCGACAUAUCUGCUUUUGCUUGCCUCUGCGCUCUUGCUCUAGUCACUGAACGACAUGGUUUGAAAGAUCCCCAACGCGUGGAGCAAUUACAGAUGAAAGUAAUCAGCUCGCUACGUGAUCACGUCACAUAUAACAACGAGGCUCAAAAGAAACCCCAUUACUUCAGUCGAAUCCUCACUCAGUUACCCGAAUUGCGGACUCUAAGCGUGCAAGGAUUGCAACGCAUCUUCUAUCUAAGGUUGGAAGAUCUUGUUCCCGCCCCACCGCUGGUCGAGAACAUCUUCACCUCCAGCCUGCCAUUCUGAAUCUAGAUAUGAACCCGGACUAUAGAGAGUCCGGCUGGUUUGUUUGUCCUAAGCUCAGGGUGGCUAGCAGGAUGCGAAAAACCUUCAUCAGGCAUGUCCUUGCCGGUAUGCCAGGGCGCCCGCCCGCCAAAAGGGUUCACUUGGGUGCCCCUGCCGUGCGAGGGCAUGACCCCUCCUCGGAAAACUUUCGCACCCUGCGAAUGGUCCACCCUAUACCAAAAUAAAAAAGAACUCUCAUCGAUCAAGAUCUCGUCGAUCUGUAGACCAAGUCGUAUGCGUGUGUUGUUGUCAACUUUUAGUCGAAUAGAUUUUGCGAGUAGACAAGAGGGUUAUAGACCCAAAGCUUCUCUAUGAUAGAUAGGCUAUCAAUGUUAUUCUUGUUGCAAUGAAAGCUUAUAGAAGUGAAGGGCUUAAUCUAAUGAACUAUUCAUUUAAAAACUGCCAAAUUUUUUCACUCCUAAUAAUUAAAUAAAAAAAAUGAAUAUUUUUAGUUUGUAUUGUUGCAGAAAAAAAAUGCAUAACGAAUUUGAUGUUCAAUUUUGUAAUUGCCAAAAGAUUAAAGAAUAUUUCAUAUUUUAAAAAUAGCACAACUUGCAUCAGUAUUUCUUAAAACCAAACAUUUGGAAAUUAUUGCAAAUUGAAAGUUUUAUGAUUCUUAAAUAUAAAUUUCGUGUUCUGUAUAUAUUUAUGGAUAUUUUAAAAGUAUAAAGUACUGUUAUUCGUUGAAUUCAAAUUAUAUGACUUGAUGCGA